AUGUUUAAAUCAACACCAACGCGUUUGAACACCCAAGUCCCAUUACUCAAUCAUGGAAAGCGCGCUAUACAUAAGCAACACUCCCUGCCAGCGGCGUACUACCGCGGCGGCACAUCAAGGGCUAUCUUCUUCAAGCAAGAGGAUCUGCCCCAAGACAGAGCCCACUGGGACUCCAUAUUCCGUGGCGCAAUUGGAAGCCCAGACCCAUACGGGCGACAACUAGAUGGCCUCGGGGGCGGGAUUUCCAGCCUAUCAAAGAUAUGCGUGGUAGGCCAGUCAACCCACCAAGACGCCGACAUAGAUUACACCUUUGUAUCGCUGGGUGUCAAGAACACAGACGUCGACUACUCCAGUAACUGCGGAAAUAUGAUAAGUGCGGUCGGACCCUUGGCGGUUGAUUCAAGGUUACUUCCUUUAUCGAGGGAAACAGCCGACUCGGUCUCGGUUCGCAUCCACAAUACAAAUACCGGCAAGAUUAUACAUGCUGCAUUCCCCAUUGUCGAUGGAGAAGCUGCGUCAAUGGGUGAUUUCUCCAUAGAUGGUGUCGCGGGAACAGCAGCUCGUAUACAGUUGGACUUUAUUAAUCCUGCUGGAUCGGUUACGGGUAAACUGUUGCCAACAGGUCAGGCAACUGAUACCAUUGAUGGCAUUUCAGUAACCUGCAUUGAUGCUGCUAACCCCUGCGUCUUUGUUAAAGCAUCGGAUCUCGGCGUAGUAGGAAAUGUUACUCCAGAUGAGAUCAAUGCACAUCCUGACCUACUUACGCGCUUGGAUUCUAUUCGUCGUCAGGCUGGUACGAAAAUGGGACUUGCGAAGACACCCGCUGAGGUUCCGGGAAGUGUGCCUAAGAUAUGUUUGGUUUCGGCGCCUCUCUCCGAUGAGAGAGGUAUUGAUCAGAAGCAGGCGUCUGGGGAUGUUGAUCUUCUUGCUCGUGCCUUGUCUGUUGGACAGCCACAUAAAGCAGUGCCCAUUACCGUUGCUUUGGCUUUGGCUGCUGCCGCACGUGUACCUGGGAGCACCGUGGCAGAGACUGUUGCGAAAGAUAAUGUAGAUCGCGCAGGUAUCAUUAUUGGUCAUGCUAGUGGGAAUUUACUGGUCGGUGCAAACUUUGACACGACUGGUGGACUUGUAUCGGCAACAGUGUUCCGUACAGCUCGAAGACUCUUUGAGGGGAAGAUAUACUGGAAGGGUGAAGAAUUGAUUUGA